AGGUUUAACAAAUCUAACAAUUUUUUCAAAUUUCCGACAGGCUUUAAAGUCUACUUAUCCAUCAUCCAAGUCAUGUUCACCCUCAGGAGAAUCUGCAGGAAGGCAGCGUUUUUACGAAGCCUCUGCACUGUAACAUCCCGUGAUGCUGUUGUAGCUGAGCGAUUAGAGCAACGGGCUCUUCUGCGAGUGGCAGGCAAAGACGCCUAUGGUUUUCUUCAAGGUCUUAUGACAAAUGACAUAACUCAUGUGGAGUCUGGUAUUUCUUCUAUGUACACCAUGUUCCUUAACACACGAGGGAGAGUUCUAUAUGAUGCAAUCAUUUAUCAGACUUCUGAACAUGGAGUUUUAUUCAUUGAAUGUGAUAGUUCAGCAAUUGAGCAAUUGUCAAAGCAUUUGAAAAUCUAUCGUUUACGAAAGAAAGUUGACAUUGAUGUCGAAAAUGAACAUAAGGCAUGGGUUGUUUAUGAUCCAUCAUUAACUGAAAAUUCCAGUUGCACUUUAGUUGAAGAUGUGAAAGACAAACUUGUUGGGAGAGUGUUGCCAUGUGAUGAGCUCGAGCUUGGUAAAAAAGAGAGGAAGGAAGGCUUCAGUAUAAAUUCCAUCAGCUCCAAAAACAAUGUUCUAAUAUAUAGGGAUCCCAGACUAUAUGAGUUAGGUUUACGAGUUCUUUGCCCUAGUUCUGAAGAUAUUACUGAAUUACUUAAUGUUCCAAGAGGUUCUUCCUAUCAAUCCUUGAGGUAUCGAUUGGGUGUCGGAGAAGGAGUGAAAGACAUUGUGCCUGACGAAAGUUUUCCUUUAGAAUCUAACUGUGAUUAUUUACAUGGAGUAAGUUUUCACAAAGGAUGCUAUAUUGGACAAGAGCUUACUGCCAGAGUUUAUCAUACUGGAGUUGUGAGAAAAAGAAUUAUGCCCCUAUUUUUUGAAAGUCCUUUAAAUGUUGGAAAUUCCACCCAGCGAGAAAUUGUUAAUGAGAAAGGCAAGGCUGUAGGAAAAUUACGUAGCUUUGAGAAUCUGAACGGUAUUGGGCUUCUACGAAUAUCAGAGGUUGUAGCAUCAAAAGUGUUGACUUUCUGUAGUGCAAAUGUAAAGACCUUAAGACCUCAUUGGUGGCCAAAACAAGCCCCCAAAGAGCUGGAAUCGAAAGAAAAGCUAUAAUUUUUUGUGUCUAGCGUGUUGUUUUUAGUACACUUCUUUAGUCAGAAGUUUUGAUUGAUCUAAACUGUUGACGUUGACCUUAAUUAAAUUAAAUUCAAGAGUAAUCUGUGCAGGGUUGAGUUAAACUAGGUACAUGAUUGUAAAUUUGGCUGUAUUGUAACUAAUAAUCAAAUUGAUUCAGAUGACUUCUCAAAUUUUGAUUCUUGUUAAGAAUAUCCUUUAUUUCAAAUUGGACAGAGCUGGAUCAACUGUUCUACCUCGUAGAUUCUCUGUUACUCUUGUUUCUUCCAAUGUUUAAAAUGUCAGAUUUUGACUAAAUGAAUGUUAAUGCACUAAAGGGAAAACUAUUCAGAACAAUUGUCAUGAAAUUUCUGCUGUUUAUGUGGGAAGAGGAAAAGGUAAUUUUGAAUAAAUUUUACAUAAGGAAUAAAA